GCUAUUUUCUCCACCCCUCUGCUUAUCUCAUGGCUACACCGCCACCGCCGCCCGAAGCCUACCCUCUCAGUCUCUGACGGUAAAACCUCAUUCACGAGCAGGGAUGGAGAGUUCCUCAUCCAAUAGCGAAUAGAAAUGAACAGAGCCUCUGAAUAUGCUGAAUCCAAUCAGAUACCAGACAACUUUCAACAAGUUACAUUUAUACGAGAAGAUUCGAGCUUUAGCCCCGUCUUAUUCGAUUUGUGGAUGGGGUGGUUUUACCUCAAUUUCAAAUCAAAAUCAAGACUCAGAAACUCCACAAGGUUUGGAGCAGAGUAUUGAUAAAAAUGUUGCAAUUUUCUGGGAUUUGGAUAACAAGCCACCAAGAUCAUUUCCUCCGUAUGAUGCAGCACUUAGGAUAAAGAAGGCUGCUCAACAAUUUGGUUUUGUUAAAUACAUGAUUGCUUAUGCUAAUAGUCAUGCAUUCAGCUAUGUUCCUCCUGCGAUUCAGGAACAAAGGAAAGAGAGGAAAUCACUGAAUCAGUUGGAAAACAAGGGCAUUGUGAUGCCGAGGGAGCCAUAUGUGUGCAAAGUCUGUGGGAGGAGAUUUCACAACAAUGAGAGGUUCAUUAAUCAUUUCAGGCAGAUUCAUGAGCGUGAGCAAAUGAAACGGUUGAAUCAGAUUGAGUCUGCAAGGGGGAAGAGGAGGCUGAAUUUGGUGGCUAGGAAUGCUGUCAAGAUGGAGAAGUAUAGGAAUGCGGCUAGGGAUAUAUUGACCCCAAAGGUCGGGUAUGGUUUGGCGGAUGAGCUGAAACGAGCUGGAUUCUGGGUCAAGACGGUCUCAGACAAGCCACAGGCUGCUGAUGUUGAGUUGAGGAACCGAAUGGUGGAUAUGAUGGACCGGAGGAUGGUUGAAUGCUUGGUUCUUGUGUCGGAUGAUUCAGAUUUCGUGGAGGUCUUGAAGGAGGCAAGGAUGAGGUGCUUGAAAACGGUGGUUGUUGGUGAUAUCAGCGAUGGUGCUCUCAAGAGGACUGCGGAUGCUGCUUUCUCGUGGCAGGAGAUCAUGAUUGGGAAGGCGAAGAAAGAGGCGGUAUCAGUUGUUGGCAAGUGGAAGGACCGAAAUGUUCUGCAGAAACUGGAGUGGACGUAUGAUCCUGAGAGAGACAAGAGAAUGCAUUUCCAUGCUAUUGAAAGUGGGGAUUCGGAUUCGGAUAUUGGUUGCUUCAGUUCUGAUGAAGGUGAAUCUCUUUUAGGCAAGGAAAAGAAGGGUGAGUGGUGGGAACUGGAACGAAAUCAAAGGCCGCCAGAAUGAUUGAUCGAUGUGAACUCAAUGAUGUUGAAGCUCGAACGAGGAUAAUCCACAGCUGCUAUCCGAUGGGCAAUAGCCUGCUAGAUCUCACUUUCUGAGUUUGGGUGUGCAUUGUGAGGUUAGCGGCAGCUCUAAAGACCGAAUUUAGUGGAAUUUUUCGACUAUUAUGGGCCGGAGGUAGGAUUUUUUGUUUGACAGUUGUAAUUUGAAGUAGUUUACUUGGAAAUUUUUUGCUUUCGUUACACCAAUAAUAUUAUUUGAUUAAUAGAAAAUGAAUGAGAUUAUCUUUAGGUAAAAA